AUGUCUUCUAAUACACAGCAAUGCAAAAAAACGAAAAAGACGACUACAAAAAAGUCUGUUCAACAAACCGCUGGGACAGCAGCAAGCACAAGACAACGGGAAAUUCUUCCCAGCUUGACAGUUAGCGCAGAGCUAGAUGGUACUGUCCUGUCCACUUUGUCCACCAUGAGCACCCGACUGAAUGAAUCUCAUUCACUUCUGGAGAAGGUCUACCACAACAUGAGAGCAACCAAUGGCCAGAAUAACAAUUCGAACCAUAGUCCUAUCGGUCAGGCUCUUACUACAGGAGAAUAUAUAAAGUACCGCCUUCCAACGGUUUCGGGCGCCUUCUCAACAUCCAACCAUCCCAUUGCUGAUGUAGUGCAGAGCUACACACAUCAGCAAGCUGAAGGCAAAAGGUUUGCCAGAAAAGAUAGCUCGACAAAAUCAGAUUUCUUGACACCAGUCCAGAAAGAGAAACACUACAAGGCAAUUCACUUAGCUGACAAAGCAAACCUUGAAUCUAAGUUUGGUGAGACUGUCGUUGACCUUCUGGACUAUGACAUGUUGUCUGAUAUUAAGUCAGAUGAGGAGAAAAAUAAAACUAGAUAUACUCCUAGAAAUAGACAUCCCUUGAUGGAUAAAUACUUUACUGUUUUAAAGAAACAGAGACUUGCUAACAAGGGACCAGACGUCAUUGGCAAUUCUGUCUAUCCAAUUAUUUUGAGAAACACUGAGUUAUCGAAUGAGAAAAAGGCACGUGUUGCUGCUUGGAUUCACACACGCCAACAAUAA